AUGAUUGAAAACCCUAAUCCCUCUCUAAUAGAGAGGAGCGGGCUCAAACACACAUUUGAUGACUCAACGUCCGAACUCAUGGAAUCAUUUACAAGAAACGACUCAAACUAUGACCAUGUGGAUAUAUAUGAAGUUUUCGACUUAAUUAGGGAUAUAAAAGACCCUGAACAUCCCUAUUCGAUAGAAUGCCUAAAAAUAGUGGACUUGGAAAGUGUAAAAGUUGAAACUAACCCCCACGCGAUAAGAGUGACAUACAGGCCAACGAUUCCUCACUGUAGUCAAGCCACUUUGAUAGGCUUGAUGAUAUAUAUGAAGAUUAGGCAAAAUGUUCCCAUGAAUUACAAGAUUUUCGUGCAAAUUGAAAAGGGAUAUCAUGACAGUGAAGAAGCAAUUAACAAGCAGUUGGCAGAUAAAGAAAGGGUGUCAGCAGCUUUGGAAAACCCAAAUUUAAUGAACAUGAUUGACGAAGCAAUCUACGGAUACGUGCCGCCUGACAUUAUUGACCUGUCCAUAUAA